UUUGAGUAGGGUGCUGCUCUUCCUAGACUCAUUACCCAGAGUCCUGGUGCCUGUGCCAAACCUGGGUGAAAUUUCCGGCCUGACCUGGGCAGUCUAUAAAGGUUUUCACUGUGAGCGAGUGUUAAAGGUCUCACCAACUGGUGCUAUUGGAUUCUGUGUGUGUAUACUCCAGGGGCCAUGCCCUUGCUUCCGGUUCCGGUCUCUGGUUGGGCUCUGGGAGGGAGAGGGAGAUGCUUCGACUUGCAGUUCUGCGUCACAGUCACAGGAGUGCUGCUGCAGGAACCAUGACUGGAGUGCCUACAGUCUCCUUCUCUGAGCUCCGUUCACUCGUAGCCUCAGGCAGGGCCAGGCUCUUCGAUGUCCGAUCUCGGGAGGAGGCAGCAGCUGGUACCAUUCCUGGGGCACUCAACAUCCCUGUGUCUGAAUUGGAAAUCGCCUUGAACAUGGACCCAACUGCUUUUCAGACUCUGUACUGUGCUGAGAAGCCAAAGCUAGAAGACAAGAAUCUUAUUUUCUUCUGUCAGAUGGGCAGGCGGGGUCUCCAGGCCACACAACUGGCACAAGGUCUUGGCUACACAGGGGCUCGGAACUAUGCUGGGGCCUAUAAGGAGUGGCUGGAGAAACAGGGCUAGAUAGAAAGCUCACUGGUUUGUGGCUGUUCUCAGACCACCUUGCUGGGCUAGGCAAAUCCUUGUAGUGCUUCACACAUGAAAAACUCAAAUAAAAAGUGCACUUAAUGAAGUAUGAGAUGCAUUUAAUUUGUCACCUGGACAAAAAAAAAAAAAAAUGGUUCUAGUAUUAAUCUAGUGCUGUUUAUCUCAGGAUCUUUGACCAUUCCUCUGGUCCUUACCACCCAAUUAAAGCAGUCCCCUGAACAACUGAACCUGACUUAGAACAGUAGUUUCCAGCCCAGAAUGCACAUCAAAUAAUUACCUAAUAGCCUUAAAAAAAAUCCUGGAGCGAGCGAGUGCGGCAGAAGACUGCUUCCAGACAGAAAACCUGGUGAGGAUGGAUGGACUCAGGAACCAGGUUCCUGUACUGGAACCCCAUGACCAGGUCACUCCACUGAGAGGACUGUGACAAUCAGACAUGUAGGAAUGACACCUAAAGUCUUUCCACAUGUAGAUGAGGCAUCCCUAACAUCUCACACCAAGCCAAUGAAAAGCAUCUGCCUCUAGAUCCCAACCCACCCCCAAAUGUUUACAAGUU